AUGGCUAUUAAUAUUGAUCGUUCCGUUUUGGUUAAACAGUUCACUGAUCAUUUACUUCUUUUUGGAUCUACAGGAUUGGUUGGCUCCCUGACUUUGAAUGAAUUAAGGAAAAUCAAUUUCCAUCUAAAUAAUUCUCAAGAUAUACAGCAGAAGCUUGAUUCCUGUCAGCGCCCGGAAGUCGUUAAUUUUAGGUUCGAUAAGUUCAUCUAUUGCAUAAAUAGAAAGAUAAAACAAUUCUGCAAUGCUGGAGACGGACAAUUUACUGAAACACAUGGAUUCCAGAUACUCAAGUACAAUAAAAAAGAAUAUUCACUCAGUAAAAUCAAAAAAUUGCCUCCAGGAGUAUCUACCGUUUCUGAUAAAUCUCCAAUAGGAGACGAUCUGAGCAUAUCAAAAACCAUCAGUAUUAAAGGAGACUAUAUCGAGGAAAUUCUCAACUUCUGCAUUGACAAGCAAAGGUACCAGGUUGACUAUGUGUCAGACUCGGCCGAAAGGAUUUCAUUAACCUUCAACAUCUAUGCGAUUCAAAUAGCUUCUCCCGAUUCUAGGAAGUGGACCGGCCUAUUGCCGCUUAUCUUCUCCGGUUGUGUCAACAUAAAGUCAAAGGCUGCCAAUGGUAUCAUGGAAACUAGACUGCCGCCGCUUGAUGAAAUUCCUACCAUGAUUUGUGCCUUAGGUUCGAGCUCCUCAGGACAUCCGAAUAAGACUGUUGACCGUAACUAUGCUGAUCAUGAAUUGACGUUCCAACUUGUCAGAGUCUUCAACAAUUGUGAAAGAAAAAGGCUGGUAAUCAUCACAACCUUCAACAACGUGUUGAUAAGUCGUAUUUUUCCAUAUUUUCGAACUAAAUCUAAACUGGAAUAUGACUUACAAUACAAAUUAUCACCUAGAUUGGGGCAGCUUGUCCUUUUGAGACCAGGACCGUUGGUAGGCGAUCAUACUGACCUGAAGGAGAGGCGUGUCACGGUCAAGCAUUCGUCGAAUUUAUUAAAACAAAUAUUGUACUACAAGAAGUGCUGUUUUCAAUGCAAGCUUCUUUUAUUCAAAGAGUGCAGAAGAACAGGAUUUAGAACGAAAGCGUCGGAAAUCAUUGCAAAGUCGAUGUACCGGAAGCCAGGCUCGUGGAUUCUGGGUUAUUGCUUACCUGCAAGCAAAGUAGCACACACGGCGGCUCUCAAAGCUGUUGAGCCACCGGCAGAUGGGACGAAGCAUUUAGUCGAAAUCAUAACUAGUGAAGAGAUGGAUAAUUCGGUUCCUAGCUAA